AUGCACCUGUGCCCCGUGCCCCUCACCUGUGCCCCUCACCUGUGCCCCUCACCUGUGCCCCAUGCCCCUCACCUGUGCCCCUCACCUGUGCCCCUCACCUGUGCCCAAUGCCCCUCACCUGUGCCCGUGCCCCUCAUCUGUUCCCCAUGCCCCUCACCUGUGCCCCUCACCCUGUGCCCAGUGCCCUUCACCUGUGCCCCAUGCCCCUCACCUGUGCCCAUGCCCCUCACCUGUGCCCCUCACCUGUGCCCCAUGCCCUUCACCUGUGCACCUCACCUGUGCCCCUCACCUGUGCCCCUCACCUGUGCCCCAUGCCCUUCACCUGUGCACCUCACCUGUGACCUGUUCCCUGUGCCCCUCACCUGUGCCCUGUGCCCUCACCUGUGCCCUGUGCCUCUCACCCUGUGCCCCAUAUACCUCACCCUGUGCCCCUCACCCUGUGCCCCAUUCCCCGUGCCCCUCACCCUGUGCCCAGUGCCCCUCACCUAUGCCCCAUGCCCUUCACCUUGUGCCCAGUGCCCCUCACCUAUGCCCCAUGCCCCUCACCUGUGCCUGUGCCCCUCACCUGUGCCCAUGCCCCUCACCCUGUGCCCAGUGCCCCUCACCUGUGCCCCAUGCCCUUCACCCUGUGCCCAGUGCCCCUCACCUAUGCCCCAUGCCCCUCACCUGUGCCUGUGCCCCUCACCUGUGCCCAUGCCCCUCACCCUGUGCCCAGUGCCCCUCACCCUGUGCCCAGUGCCCCUCACCUAUGCCCCAUGCCCUUCACCCUGUGCCCAGUGCCCCUCACCUAUGCCCCAUGCCCCUCACCUGUGCCUGUGCCCCUCACCUGUGCCCAUGCCCCUCACCCUGUGCCCAGUGCCCCUCACCCUGUGCCCAGUGCCCCUCACCUAUGCCCCAUGCCCCUCACCUGUGCCCGUGCCCCUCAUGUGUGCUGCAUGCCCUUCACCCCUUUCUCCUUACUCCUCAUAG